CUUUACGUCCCAGUCGGCGCUGCACUACCGUUACGUCGGUUUCAUAGACUAUUCUUCUCAAUCUCAACGGUCCAUUACUACUUCAGGAUGGACCGGCUUUCAGCCACUGUACUAAUAUACCUACAAGUACUCAUAAAUAAUUAACAACCAGCUUAAUAAAUUAUUUAAAUUUCAAUCAAGUGGUUAAAUAUUUAAGUAAAUAGUAAACUAAACUUGAAACCCUUGUGCUCAAAUAAAAAUUGUGCGCUCAAUAAUUAAAAAUAAAAAAAUAAUAACAUCAUCGACAGUGGACAUAAAAUGAUAAAACAAUUGGUUGCCAAUAAUAAAAAUCCCUGACCCAUCGCAAAGUGGUUGUGUGACGAGUGAGUAGUAACAAGUUUGAUAGCCGACGCGUUGCUUCAAGUUACCGCGUGUAACUUGUGUGUAUACUUCACUCUGCUUACACGAGUACACAUCAGUAAAUAGUAUACAGACCUAUACAAGUUUAUAGAAGGGCGAGAGAAAGCAAGAGAGCGAGAGGAAAAGAGAAAGAGAGAAUGAGAGAUAGAGAGAGAGAGAAAUCAGUUGGAGACGAAUUUGAACGACAGUGAUAGAGUUAAAUUAAAGCCUGGCAUCGCUGUCGCUGUAUUUGCCGGCUGCUUCGCUCACCACCAAUACACACAACAACUCAACGAGGCACCCCCACUAUAUAGUGAAUCCCACAACAGCUAAAGCGGAAGUACUAGUCAGUCGGCGAGCGACCUUCCGACAUCACGGGUUAGCUUACCCUAUUCGGCCUUGUAUUCUCGACAACGUUAAAACCGUCGUCUUACUGAGAAUACGGCUUCCCAUCCCUUCAUAAUCAUAAUCAUCAUCAUUAUUGUUAUUAUUAUUAUUGUUACAUAACCAUCAAAUAAAAUUUAAUAUUCUGACAUCACUAAAGCCGAUAAAAAAUAUUUAUAGAUUAUAAGCUCAGUGAAUAAAAAAGAAAAAACGGUGGAGAAGCAACAAGGUUGCUCGUAAUCCGCGCAAAUAAGUGGAACAACCGAUGUUUGAUCAGACGUAUAGACAACCGCUUUUCACGUGUACUUGUUGAAUUCAAAGGUUUUACGGAUUUUUAAACAACUAGACUUCUUUGUAAAUUGUCAAUUAUCAAUUGCCGAUUGUUGAUUGUCAAUUAUUUAAUUGAUAAAUUGUUUAUUUUGUCCCUUUGUCCCGAACCCUUUUGACUCUUUAAAAUCCCAGUAGAUUUAUCCAGUCGCUGUGGUUAUUUUUUUUUCAAGGGAAAAAAAAUAAUUGCUCAAUAAUCACGUGACUUUGGAAGUAACAUGUUCUAACUGUGCGUGCAAGUGUUACGAUAAUAUUUAAUAAUUACUGUUGCCGGUUAAAUGCAAUGUAUGCAGCGGCAUUGAGUGAACAACUUCGGUUAGGAAUAAAUCGUGUGAUUAAUUUAUAUUGAUAAGGUGUCGGGUGUGUAUAAAAAGGGCUUUGGCUUUGGCUUUAAGUUGGCAACAAAGGGGUUGCCAGGUUAAAAAGACCACAGACUAACAACAAAGGAAAGGUAUUUUAUAAAUUUAUAAAUAUUAAUAUAUUUAUAUAAAAUAUAAAGUCGAGUAAGUAAAGAGAUUAAUUGAAUCGAGUGUAAUCAGUGAGAUUAGGAGUGAUUAAAGGCUGAGACGUUGGUUUGUACAAGUGAUUGUAAGGCAGGGUGUGGGUGGAAGUGCAUCGGAAGCUGCAGAAGACGGGGAGACAAAGGGGUGGCCUCGGCACCGAGCGCUUUGGCUCGGAGCGCAUCGGGCCCCGGGGCUGCGGUGGUGGGUUGCCUUGUUGGGGUUUACCCGUGCUCAUCCUCCACGAGACCCAGGGGCCCCGUACCGCACUUGCUGCAGAGCGUACCCGCUAGUCCAUCAGCUCAACAGCAGACUGGUUGUCGCUCUUGCUGUUGCAUUCACAAUACCGGCAAUCAAACAUCCCAGCCGGUCCAUCUUCCCAACAGUCAAAGAUCUGGUUUGUCGUUGAGGGUUGCGAGGGUGGCGUCUAUUACCUCCGUACGUGCGGCCCCCUACACCCACCCUCAUCAUCAAUCUUUAGCACAAGAGUGCAGGUGUAGGGAGGAGACGGGCGCAGUGACUGGAGGUAGUGCGCCCAUUCUCGGCAGCCCGAUGCUAUUCGUCCCGCUUACGGUGCCCACCUUCCCUGGAACGUUACAAGCAGCAUCCCGUCCUCCAGCUCAUCAGCCGCAUCAUCAACCACUGGAGCAGCGUGUUACGUCUGUUCCAAAUUCCGUACAGCAACAGCCCACUCGUUUCAAUUCUGUGAGUCACCCCAAUUUCGGGCGCCAGAGAGCCAACACCACAACCACGUCUACCGCGGAUAAUCAGGUUAACAUCGACAACUCAUCUCCACAAGUAGAACACCAACAGAAAGAACAACAGCAGCAGCGGGCUUCUCAACCAGAAGACCCCCAAUUAUUACAAGUCAUUACACCCAAUAAGGACAUGAAAGUCAACUGGGCAGCAUCAACAGGCAAUCAACCGAAGCAAGACACAAGCAAACACUAUCACAUAUUUGUCGGGGACCUGAGCCCGGAGAUUGAGACGCAGACAUUGAGAGAAGCCUUCGCUCCAUUUGGGGAAAUCUCGGAUUGCAGAGUUGUCAGAGAUCCCCAGACACUAAAGUCCAAAGGAUAUGGAUUUGUGUCUUUUGUAAAGAAAGUGGAGGCGGAGAGUGCAAUUGGCGCGAUGAAUGGCCAGUGGCUUGGCAGCAGAAGCAUCCGAACAAAUUGGGCGACACGUAAACCACCACCUCCCAAAUCGGAAGCAAACGCUAAGCCAUUAACCUUUGACGAGGUGUACAAUCAGAGCAGUCCAACUAACUGCACAGUUUACUGUGGUGGUUUAACAAAUGGCCUUACAGAGGAGCUGAUGCAGAAAACCUUUUCGCCAUUUGGUUCUAUUCAAGAAAUUCGGGUCUUCAAGGAUAAAGGUUACGCUUUUGUAAGAUUCUCCACGAAAGAAUCAGCAACACACGCAAUCGUUGCGGUUCACAACGCGGAUAUCAACGGGCAGACUGUUAAGUGCAGUUGGGGUAAAGAGAGUGGAGAUCCAAAUAACGCUCAGCAAACCGGACAGGCACUUUCCUCGACAACAUAUCCAUAUUAUGCAGCAGCAGCGGCCGCGGCUGCUGCUGCUGCGGCGGGUGUAGGAAGUGUUGGAAAUGUCGGUGGUGUUGGUGGCACAGGUCAACUAGGAUAUUGGUAUCCACCACAAUCUUAUCCGACAACGGCGGCAACUCAAAUGCAAGCUGGUGGAUUUCUUCAAGGUAUGCAAGGCUACACUUAUGGUCAAUUUGCUGGUUAUCAACAAGCUCAGUACAUGGGAAUGGGUAUGGGCGUACAUGCAGCAGGUACUGCACCUGGAUGGGGCCAAGGUUUACCUGGUGGACCUCAGUUACCACCACAUCACGCUACAACAGUGACGGCACCCCCAGGAGUACAGGCUGCACCUCAACCUCAACCUCCACCUGCACAAAUGAUGGCCUAUCCUAUGCAACAAUUCCAGUGUGUUCUUGGUUGCGGUUCAGCUAGCGGAUGAGGAUUGGCUGACACCUAGUCUUCUAGUGUGAUGGUAAAGAAGCAUCCAAGCAAUUCACCAAUAGGAACAACAACUAUCACCUAUAGCAACAACUAUCCUCUUACCACUAGCAUCGUCUGCAUCAAAGGCACAACAAUAAGAACACCACGAUCAACUAAGAUUUAUGGAAUGUAACUUAAUAAUAUCUAUGUGAAUAUCGGUUUAUGAUUAUUAGAUCAAAGUUAUAUUAACAGUUAAUUAUUAUUUAUUUUAAAUUCCUGUGCAUUGUCUUAAAAAAAAAAAAAUAUUUUGAAAAAAGGACAUAAGGGAACAACACUGACCAAUUGUUUUCAAUUACUUCUGUGUCGUAAUCAAAAUCAUAAAUUUUCCACCGUAUAUUGCGUUUUGUGUUGUAAGUGAUACGAAUUUAGAACAUUAUUAUUUAUCCGUAUAUGUUUAUAUACAUAUACAUGUAUUUAAAUGUGUAUUAACCGAGCAUGAGUUUAGCAAUCAAUCGUGUACGGGUAAUCCUUCAAUACCUAAUGAAAUUCAAUAUAUAUGUAUAUAUAUAUAUUGAAUAAUCCAAAAUACACCAAGGAUGUAUGUUGUACUUAAUAAAAUAAUCGACGAAGCUGUGUGUAAAUUAUUUGAUCAUGAUUACUAGCGAAUGUGGAUUUAAUAUUUGCGGUGAUAAUUCACGUCAAAUAUUACCAUUAUUUUUGUAUUGGUAGUUUGUACGUCGACAAAAAAAACCCGAUUACAGAAUCCUAAUACAAUUUUAAAAAAUAUAAUAAUAAUAAUAAUAAUAAUAAUAAUAAUAAUAAUAAUUAAAAAAAAAUGAUUUAGGCAGUGGAGAAUCUAGUGUAUUAGCCAUUAACUUAUUCCCGGAAUAAAUUUUGGAAUUAAAAACUAAUAAAUUUGUCAUUUAAUGAUAUAUGAUCCCAAUAAUCUGUUUUGUGGUAAUAGUAAUUUUUUUUUUUAUUCCAACAAUUAUUAUAGCGCACAAGUCAUCAUUGGAGAUUGUUGUGUGUAAAAUGCGCACUAAAAAAUAAAUAAUAAUAAUAAUAAUAAUAAUAAUAAUAAUAAUAAUAAUAAUAAUAAUAAUAAUAAUAAUAAUAAUAAUAAUAACAAUAGUAAUAAUAAUAAUAAAUAAUGAUUAAUAAUAACAGAAAUAAUAAAAAAGCCCAAUACCGAUGGAUAAUAUAAAAACAUCGACAUGUCAAAACAAAUAUUGUCAAAAUAAAAAAAAAAGUAUUGACAGUAUAUAACAUCGUUAAACAAACAUUUAUCUUAAUAUCACAAAUGACGUUUUAUCAUCCCAGUAUAUGUACGCGUGUUAAUAAAUUGCCUGUAGUGACGUCAUUUUUGUAUACACGGAUUAUUACUUCCCGUCGUACGAAAAAUUUUUAUUUACAUAUACGAGGAAUUUUUUUUUAUUGCCAUUUUUUUGCGAAACAGUAAUAAUUAACACUCAUUAAACAACCAGAUAUUUUAAUAAUAAUAAUAAUCAUAAUAACAAUAAUAAUAAUAAUAAUAAUAAUAAUAAUAAUAAUAAUAUUAAAUAAAAUAAAUAAAAACAAACGUUGACAAUGUACAUCGAAUAUAAACGUACAAUUGUAAUUGUAUCAAUUUAACAUAUUUUGAGCAAUUUCUUUUAAAAUAAUAUUAAAAAAAAAAUAUAAUAACUACGCUUUGUUUAAAUUGUGAUGGAUAAAUUGAAAAAUUCAAUUAAUUAUUAUUUAUUUAAAAUUAAUUUAUCAUUUUAAUUUGACAUUUUAUAUUUUGGAAUAAUUUACGAAUGAAUGUGAUACAAAAAUCAAUGAGGAUAAUUAAACGUAGAUGUAAAUAAAUUAUUUAAAAUUAUUGUUAUUUUUUUUAGUCAAUUUUCUUGUACAAGUGUUUGAUUAAAUUCUUUUUUUUUUUUAAUUAAAAAAAAUUUUAAUUGAAAAAUAAAUAACAAAACACGAAUCAACGAAUAUUAAUAUUAAGUUUAGAUGUCUCUCUAUCUUAAACGUACAUAACUAAACCGAGAAGCCUUAAAAAGGUCAUGGCAAACGUGGAACAUGAAUCGUUAAAAAUUAAAAAUAAUCAUAUUAAAAAAAAAAAGUUAAUGAAAAACAUCUAAUAUCCAAUUUAUCAGUAGAUAAAAUAAAUAAAAUAACUAAGAGGAUAAAGGAAAUGAAAUAAAUCAGUGAUUGAUUAGCAAAGUGCAUGCAUAUACGGGUGCAUUAUUAUUAUUAUACAAAAAAAAUAAUAAACUAAAAACUAAUACAAACAUAUAAUGAAUAUUAUUAACAUAAAAUUAAAUUUUAAGUGUAAAUGUAGUUAAAUAGUUUAGUGAAUACGGUGCUUCUCGGCGUUCUCUCAUUUAAAAUGGGGGGACUUAAUUAACCGAGUUGUAUACCGCGAAACUGCGUCCGAAAACAUUAAAAAAAUUAUGACGUGAAAUAAAUUUUAAAAAAUGAAUUAAAAAAGUAAUUAAUUAACUAAUUAAUUAAAUGAACGAAAUGAUGUAAAUUAUUAGUUAGGUCGAAAAAAAAUAAUAAUAAAAAAAAUUUUAUAAAAAUGCGGUGAGAUGGGAACAAAGUCGAGAGAUACGGGAGAUUUCAUUGUAUACAUAUAUCAAAUUAGUAGAUUGGUAAUUUGACAAAUGAAAUGACGUGUGUGUUAUUAUUGUACGCACACGCCUAGAUAAUGGAUGAUGAUGAUGAUGAUGAUAAUUAUUAUUAUUAUUAUAAUUAUAAUAAUAAGUAAUAAGCUUAUAUAAUGAGCAAUCCCAAAAUUGUAUAAAUUUCAACAGUCCAAUAGUUAAUUAUAUAAUCGCAUUAUUAUUACUAACGUAUUACCCUUUAUUACUUCAUUCAUAUAAAUUUUUAUUUAUUAUUAUUAUUAAUUUGUUAAAUGAAUUUUUUGAAAUGCUUGCAUCAAUUUCCCAUCUCCAAUGUGCUUUGGAAAAUGCUUAAAUUUACUUUAUUUAUUUACACCUGAUAUUAUAACUAUACAUUUAUUUAUUUUUUAAAAUAACUUUUUUAAAUUGAAAUUAUGUUUUUUCGAUCAGCUUCCUCGGCUAUAACCUCGUUUCCCGUCUCCCAUUUUUACCAAAUAUAUAAAGAAACAUAGGUAUUGUCGUAUCAUUGUGAUGGAGACUCAGAAUAAGCAAAAUAAUCUAAUACAAAAAUAAAUAAAUAAAUAAAUGAAUGAUGAGGUAAAAACAUACAUAUAUAUAUUUAAGAAAUAUUAAAUUGUUACAAUUUAGGAAUAAAGUUGAGAUAUUUUGUGCAAUAAUUCGAUAUUAUUUAUAGAAUAUACGGUGCUUAUGAAAAAGUUGUUAAGGAUAUGAUCACAUAUUUGAUUGUUUGAAUUCUUUUAAUUAUUCGCAGGAUAACUACGCUCGUAAUUUUAAAACAAUUAUUAAUUAACCCUUGAUGGUUUCAUUUCUGGCAAAAAUCAUAAGGAUCGCAAUAAGUCUAUAAGGCCUCAGCAUCUUUGAUCAAUUGUAGAAAUGAAACUAAAUAUUUUCAAUACAAAUUUUAUAGAAAUAGUAUUUGAACAUUUUUAUAUAAGCGGGAAUAGAUUUUUAUUUUUAAUUUUAGUUUUGAAUUAUAAAAAAAGUAAGCAACUUUUUGCAUAAAAAUACUCUUAACUUUCAUAAUUUUAAAUAUUUUGAACUAAAUCAUGUGGCAAAUUAUUGGGGAAUAAAUUGACUUUGAUAGAGAAUCGAUGAAAUUUAACUUUUCAAAAAUUAUACUUAUUUUAAUAAAUUAAGUGCAAAAUUUGGCAUCGAAAAUUUCAAUAUUACUAAGAAAAAAAAGUGUGAUUGGUUUUUUGAAAGUAUCUUCGUGAAUAUUGAAUUAUCGAAAAAUUCAAGGGUUCUUUACUUUAGAAAUUUUAAUUCUCAUUAAGCCGACUUUAAAUGUAAUAUCAAUAACUCGGUCUAUAGAUACAACCACGUUUACCCGAAGCUAGAUUGUCAAUCCGAGAUUCCAGUAAUAUGUGAUUAAAUUAGUAUUGCUCGUACAUUCAUAUAUAAAUAUAUAAGUAUACUAACAAUAUUUAAAUCGCGGAUUCAGAAUAUCGGAUUAAAAAACUGACUUUAAAAAAUUGGCUUCAACCCUAGUAAAAAUGAACAGGGGCCGUCUUCAUUUAAAACUAAGCGCGAGCUAGCGAAAAAUCAGGGCAGUGCAGAAAAUUAAAAAAAAAUCUAUUUUCCAUUCUGGCUGCCAAAUGGCAGUUUUUUUUUUUGUAAUUUAAUAGCUAUUGAGAAUUUUGGAAUUAAAAGUUCGAGAAAUUAGGUGUAGAAAUUUGGAAUUGAAAAUUGUCUGGAGUCUGUUAGUGGAUCCCAUGUGAUCAUUAAGAUUUAAAGUAACUAUUAAAACACUUGAUCUCCUAUAAAUUAUUUGAAUGAACUUUAAUCAAAAAAAUUAAAUUUUUCUUUGACAAUUACAAGUUUUGACUUUAAUUUCUAUUUAUUAAUGUUUUCAUCAAAUAAACCCAAAAGUUAGUGAUUGAUUUCAUUAUAAUUUUUAUGUUAAUAUUUUAAUUCAAAUUUUAUUAUCUCAUAUCUGUAAAAUAUUUUUUUUUUAUAAUUUUCUAUCUAACAGUGAGUUAAUGAACCAAAAAUUCGACCGAUAUAUUUAAUACUAAAAUUUUAAUAAUUACAAUAAAUUUAAAUAAUAAAAUUAUGAUUAUAUAAAAUAAUAAUAAUUUUUUCUUCUCCAUAAAAUAAUAUCUUGACUAAAUUCCGGAAUUGUAUCAAUUUCCUUAGUUAGCAAGUAUAAUAUACAUUCAUACAUAUAUAUAUAUAUAUAUAUGUGUGUAUAUAUAUAUAUACAUAAAUUGUAGUUAGCAUUGAAACUCUUAAUACAUUAGUGACACAAGCGCAGUGGAGGAAGGAGCAUACAAAAUUUGAUUUUAGACUAAUACUUAAGUAGAUAACGAAUAAAACGCGAUUAGAAUGUGAAGACGAUGAUAAGAAACAAAUUAAUGCUGUUUUAAUCGGAAUGCUAGAUAGUUUAUCUGUAAGUACAUUAUUUAAUUACCAUAUAUGCAAAAAAUAAUAGCUAUGAUAAUAAAAAUAAAUAAUAAUUAUUAUUAUAAUAAUAAUGAUUAAUGGAAAAAAAUUUUUAAAUUUAAACAAAAAAAAAAAAAAACACUGAGAAACGAUCAAAAUAUACACUAUAAAAGUCAUAAAGGAUAGUCUUUGUGUAAAAAAGUUGAAAAAUAAAAAAAAAUAUUAUACACUAGGAAAAUAAUAAAUUUUAAGUAAAAUUCAAUUAUAUCUUAUUAACUGGUGAUAAUAAUGAUACAUCAACCCACUUGUGGGGCCCAUAUAAUAAUAAUUAUAAUAAUAACUGAGUAAAUAUACACAGUAUCCACACUAUGCACCUCUAGAAUAAUUGUGAAAAUACAGCAAUAGAAAUUUAAAUAAUUACCCUAGGACUUAGCCCAGCAUAUAUAAGAUAAAAUAAAUAAUAUUAAAUUUAAAAAAAAAAAAAAAAAUAACAUACCAUAACAAUAAUGUUGGUAAAUGGCACCUAAUCUUAUUAAUAAUCAUCUAAGACAAACAUUGCCGCGCAUUUAAUAAACUGACUGAGUAAUAAUUAUUAUGUACUCAUACGCGCACAUUUAAAUAAAAUUCCAUAAAUGUACUACUGCCUCUCAUUAUAUUAAUUAAAUUGUAUGUAUACAUUGUUUCUUUUUUUUUUUUAUUUAUAUUUACUUAAAUAAUCUAGUCGAUAUUUUUAGUUACUUAAAAAUUUUUAAAACUUUUGAUCUCGGCAAUUUAUUUAUUUAAUUUAAUAAAUUGUUUUUUUAUUUUGUCCAUUAAAAAAUAAUUAACAAUUAUUAGUUACUUUUAAAAAAAGUAUUUAUUUAAGUUAAGACUAUUGAUUGACCAAAUAAGGAUGUGAUAUAGCAAUGACUUGUAAUAAUGUUAAUAUUAAUUUAAUUAUUGUUUAUUAAUAAAUUAAUUUUUAUAAUUAAAUUAUCCUGAGAAUUUAACAGAAGUACAUUAAAUGGAGCUAAUAAUCAAAAUAACGCAUGCACAUCUGUGUAAAGCCGACUAUUAUAUACAUACAUAAAUAUAUAGAUAACAGAGCACUUCAUUAAAUUAGCGUUAGUAUAUGUAAAAAAAAAAAUUGAAAAAAAAUAAGAUGGUAAAAAAAAAGAAAAAAAAAACAGAGAAAUAAAAAAAAUAUAAAUUUCAUAACUUCAACCUACAGAAAUGAUAUAAAUAUAUAAAUAUAUAUAAAUAUAAAUAAUAUAAAUAAUUAAAUCAAUAUACAUUAAUAAUAAUAAUUAUAAUUAUUAUUAUUAUUAAUAAAUGAUGAAUGACUAGCUAAUAAAUAAUAUUUAUGUAAUUAUAUUGUUGCAUAAAUAUGCAUACUACGGGUAAGAUUAUAUAUGUAUAUAUCUUAUGCAUAAAUAAAUAAUAAAAGAAAAAAAGUGAAUGAUUAAUGGCAUACAUUAAUUACCGUACGUAUAUUAAACAGCAAUUAAAAAAGUCGAAAUCUCGUACUUUUUUUUUUUUUUUUUUUUUUUGCUAUAUCAAAUAAAUUGCCCGUUAAAAAAAAUAUUUCGUGGGAUUAUAAAUCUAAAUUUAAAUUUAAAUACUGGAAUUGUCUCAGUGCGCGGACUCUUCUCUAUAAAUAAAAAAAAAAAGUAAUAAAUAAAAUGAUUUUUUUAAUAUAAAUCAUAAUAAUAUCGGUGUAAUGAUGACUAGUGAAAGAAAAUAAAAAUUAAGAAAAAAAAUAAAAUAAAAUAAAUAUGGGUAAUUAUGAUUAAUUAUAUGUGAAUAUGUAGUUAAUUACAAAUAAAAUCGUGGAAAUCGUAUGGUGUAAUAAAUAAUAAUUAAACACCAGAUUAUUUAUUUAUUUAAUUUUUAAGUUUUUAUUUUUUAAACAUCAAAAUUAUUUAGAUUUUUAUAUUUAAAUAAUAAUAAUAAUAAAAAUAAUUGUGUAAUAGUAUAUUAAUUAAUUGAUGAUUGAAUUGAUAACGAAAUUAAACAAUUUGUUUUGAUUUUUUAAAUUAAUAUGUAUAAAGUAUUUUUUAGUCUGUAUAAAUUAAAGUUUUUUGUUUGAAAUACAAAAAUUAAAUUGAUUGUAAAAAAAAAAAAGUAUUGCAAAUAUUUAUUAGGGUUUUAUUAUAAAUUAUAAUUAUAAUUAAAAUAUAAAUAUAUAUAUAUAUAUAUAAAUAAUUAGUUACUGGUAAAUAUGUAUAAUUAAUUUAAAAAAUAAAAUUUUAUCAAAAUGUGAGAACAAUUGAAAGCAAUCAUGUAAAAAAAAUGUUUUUAAGUAUCAUUAAUAAUUAAUAUAUGUAUUAGAUUUUUGUAUAUUGACAAAACCGUACAUAUGAUUAAAUAAUUAAUUAAUUAAAUUAAUUUUCAGUCCCCGUUUAAUUUUUUUUUAUUUACGUAACCACGUUGACAAUUUAUGAGUCCCAAUUUAUUGUGGCAUACUGAUGAUAUUGACACCAGAUAAAAUUUAAAAAAAAGAAACAAAGAAAAGAAAAAAAACUAACUAAUUAAAAUCAAAUAAAUAAAAAAAUAAACGAAAAGAAAAAAAAAUAAUAGAGUUGAGUGCACUUAUCAGUGAGAUAAAAUAUUCUUCCGGUCUGCCAAAUAAAAAAAAAUCUUUUUUUUUUUUUAUGCACUCGAGGCUGAUACCGAAGAUUUAAAUAAAUGAAUAAAUAAAUAAACAAUAAUAUGAACAGAAUAGAUAAUAAAAAAAAAAAUAAAAUGUUAACGAACGGUAUGAUUUUAAAAUAAAUUAAUGCGAGAUAUUGCGUACAAGAAUUGAAUUGAAAUAAAUGGAAAAAAAAAUAAAAAUUAAUAAUAAAUAAAUGAAAUGCUCGAAAAAUCAAAAUAAUCACAAUCUAAUUUGAUACAUAAUCACCCUAUUAAGUAUAUUUAAAAUAACCAUACCUAGCCACACAACGUACCUAUAUGUAUAUGCUCAUAUAUAUAUAUAUUAUAAAGUAUAUAUAUAUUAUAUAUAUUAUAUAUAUUAUAUAUACAUAAUAGGAGAUGUAUAGAAAAGUAUGACAUACUUGUAUACACCGACAUGCAAUAGGCAGAUUAAUGCCAAGAAGGUGGUGUGUGAUUAAAUAUGAAAAAAAAAAAAAUUAAAAAAUUAAAAAAAAACAAU